GAAGCAUACUGGUCCCAAUAGUCCUGACACGGCCAAUGAUGGCUUUGUACGGCUUAGAGGACUCCCUUUUGGAUGUAGCAAGGAAGAAAUUGUUCAGUUCUUCUCAGGUAUAUUGAAAUAUUUAAGAGCAGUCGAGCUGAAGUUAGAACUCAUUAUGAUCCACCACGAAAACUUAUGGCCAUGCAGCGGCCAGGUCCCUAUGACAGACCUGGGGCUGGCAGAGGGUAUAACAGCAUUGGCAGAGGAGCUGGCUUUGAGAGGAUGAGGCGUGGUGCUUAUGGUGGAGGCUAUGGAGGCUAUGAUGAUUAUAAUGGCUAUAAUGAUGGCUAUGGAUUUGGUUCGGAUAGAUUUGGAAGAGGAAUGUCUGACCACAGAUACGGGGAUGGUGGCUCCACUUUCCAGAGUACAACGGGACACUGUGUACACAUGCGGGGAUUACCAUACAGAGCUACUGAGAAUGACAUUUAUAAUUUUUUUUCACCACUCAACCCUGUGAGAGUACAUAUUGAGAUUGGACCUGAUGGCAGAGUAACUGGUGAAGCAGAUGUUGAGUUUGCAACCCAUGAAGAUGCUGUUGCAGCUAUGUCAAAAGAUAAAGCAAAUAUGCAACACAGAUAUGUAGAACUCUUCUUGAAUUCUACAGCAGGAGCAAGCGGUGGUGCUUAUGGUAGCCAAAUGAUGGGAGGCAUGGGCUUGUCAAACCAGUCCAGUUACGGUGGCCCGGCCAGCCAGCAGCUGAGUGGUGGUUAUGGAAGUGGCUAUGGUGGCCAGAGCAGCAUGAGCGGAUAUGACCAAGUUUUACAGGAAAACUCCAGUGAUUUUCAAUCAAACAUUGCAUAGGUAGCCAAGGAGCAGUGAACAGCAGCUACUACAGUAGCGGAAGCCGUGCAUCUAUGGGCGUGAAUGGAAUGGGAGGGAUGUCUAGCAUGUCUAGUAUGAGUGGUGGAUGGGGAAUGUAAUUGAUUUUGAUCACUGACUCUUGGUCAAAAAAAUUUUUUUAAAACCCUUCAGUUUAACAGUUUUUGCAAUCCAGCCUUGUGGUUUUAAUGCCUGCUCUCUUAAGUGAACUUUGGCAUCGAUCACUCAAAGAAGGUUCAAUGUUGAACAUAGCAGUCACCUAGGAUGAUAGGGCAAAGUUGAGUAACUUUAACUGUUAAACUUAAUUCCUAGCUUUUCUCUAGUUAUGUAGGAUGUAUGUAAGCAGUAAGUGUAUUUAGGUUAAAGCAGUUGAAUUAUGUUAAAUGUUGCUCUUAUACAUACAUACAUUGAACACUGUUGAUGCAUGUUGAAAAGACAUGCUUUUUUUGUAAAACUAUAGGAGCUGCGUCUACAAUUAAAAGUGAAACAUUUGACAUGUUUGUUAAUUCUAAAUUCAUUUGAUAAACCUGUAAGGCACGUGAGUUUAAAGCUCUUUUCUUUUUUUUAAGUUAAUGGAGAAAUUCUGAGACGCGAUACCAUUACUUUUUAGGAUUUUUGGUCUUGGUGUUUGUACGAAAUUCUGAGGCCUUGAUUUAAGUCUUUCAUUGUAUUGUGAUUUACUUUUAGGUGUAUUGAGCUAAGUGAACCUUGUCAAAUAAAUCUUCCUUUUAAAAGCUAAAAAAAAAAAAAAA